CAUGAAACACGAUAUCCCUAAUACGUUGUGCAUUUUAACGUGUAUUGCCAAAAUAAUGCCACUUAUUUGUACAGAAGUAGCGGAAGAACCCACGAGUAUUUGUCUGCUCAAUAAUAUAAACAAAGCAGGUUUCUCCCAGUUGCAGGAUGUGUGUGUGUAUCCAGGUCUUCUUCGCCUCGAGGAGCAGUCAGCUCAUUGGAGGAUCUUUAACUGAUCGACUCAGUUAUUCAGAGGAUUGCGAAAGUUAUGAAAGCUCUGGAGGUGAGGCGUGAUAUGCAUCGAAGCAUAUCUGCUUAUAUUUCCUCCUGGGGGGCAACAGACCUGCACCGGCCAAAGGUUGAUCCGAGUCUAUCCGGCACUUGACAACGACUGUCCAUUGUCUUUGUCACAGAAGAAGCAGAUACGAGAUGAAUGUCCCAGAGUGUUUGGUGAGGAGCAGCUGUGGUGUUGCAGUCAUGGAUGGUAAAGCUGAGAGGAUCUCCACCCAAAAGGCUCCGUCAGACUCCACAAACUUAAAGACUCACUCCCCCCUCGUCCUCAAUGGAGAAGCCUCCACAGCUGAGCUCUGUGCAACAUCUGAGCUGGAGGAAGCCACUGAAGGCCUCUCCCUAGAGCCUCAGUCAGUUCCCUUGUGGAAGAUCAACGGACCAGCACCGCUGGCCCCAGCGGACGAGCUCUGGAGCACCAGCAGACACAAGGCAGUCAGGCUGAGGAUGGAGGGCUCGGGUCCGGCCUCAGAGACUCCCAUGACGGUCCAUCAGCUGUUCCUGCACACCGUGAACACGUACGGAGAUCAUCCAGCCCUGGCUUCCAAAAAAGAGGGCCAGUGGGUGACCCUGACAUGGAGACAAUAUUACGGGCAGUGCCGGGCAGCAGCUAAAAGUUUCCUCAAGUUAGGGCUGGAGCGUUACCAUGGUGUGGGGAUUCUGGGAUUUAACUCCCCCGAGUGGUUCAUCUCAGACAUCGGCUGCAUCUUUGCAGGAGGUCUGGCAACUGGAAUUUACACCACCAACUCACCUGAAGCGUGUCAGUAUGUGGCUGCCAGCAGUGAGGCCAACAUCCUGGUAGUGGAGAACCAGAAACAGCUCGAGAAAAUCCUGCAGGUUAAAGAUCAUCUACCUCAUCUGAAAGCCAUUGUCCAGUAUAAAGGCGAGCUGCAGCAGAAAGAACCAUUUCUUUAUACGUGGGCAGAGUUCAUGAAGCUGGGAGAGGAUGUGCCCGACGAGCAGCUAAAUGCUGUGAUUGACAGUCUUCGGGCCAAUGAGUGCUGUACUCUCAUCUUUACCUCUGGAACCACUGGAAACCCGAAAGGAGUCAUGCUGAGCCAUGACAAUGUGACAUGGACAGUCCGCACGGCAGCUGCCAUGCUCGACUUAAAGUAUGCUGAGGAGGUGAUGGUCAGUUACCUGCCGCUCAGCCACGUGGCAGCACAGCUAGUGGACAUGUGGUUGUGUGUUUGUUUUGCCAUGACCACCUACUUUGCAGAGCCAGACGCCCUCAAGGGCUCCUUAGUAAACACACUUAAAGAGGCUCGUCCAACUUGUUUCCUGGGGGUUCCUCGUGUGUGGGAGAAGAUGCAGGAGAAAAUGAAAGCUGUCGGUGCCAAGGCCUCCCCGAUGAGGAGAAGAGUGGCGGGCUGGGCCAAGUCCAUAGGUCUGCAGUACAACUACAGUGUCAUGAACAGGGAGACUCAGGUGCCUUGGGGCUUCAUGCUGGCUAAUAAUCUGGUCUUUAAGAAGGUCCGUGAAUCGCUGGGCCUGGACCGCUGCAAGUUGUGCUUCACGGGCGCUGCCCCCAUCACCAAAGACACUCUGGAAUACUUCAUGAGCCUGAACAUCCCUUUAUUGGAGCUAUACGGCAUGAGUGAAAGCUCCGGCCCACACACCCUCUCCACUGACAUCCAUUACCAACUCACAAGCUGUGGAAAACAGAUGCCGGGCAGCAAGACGAAGCUGGAGAAGCCAGAUGAGGACGGGAGUGGAGAGAUAUGUAUGUGGGGUCGGCACAUCUUCAUGGGCUACCUGGACAUGCCGGAUUUAACAGCGGAGGCUCUCGACCAGGACGGCUGGCUGCACUCUGGAGAUCUGGGACGACACGACCAGAAUGACUUCCUGUACAUCACAGGAAGGAUCAAGGAACUGAUCAUCACUGCAGGUGGAGAGAACGUCCCUCCGGUGCCCAUCGAGGAUUCAGUGAAGGCCGAGGUGCCCAUCAUCAGCAACGCCAUGCUGAUCGGAGACAAGCUGAAGUUCCUCUCCAUGCUGCUCACGCUCAAAUGUGUGGUGGACGACAACGGCGAGCCGACAGACGAGCUGAGCCCCGAGGCCGUGGCGUUCUGCAAGCAGCACAACGUCACGGCCACCAAGGUGUCAGAGAUCAUAGCCAAUAAGGAGCCAGCUAUCUACAAGGCCAUACAGGAAGGCAUGGAGCGCGCCAACGCCAGAGCAACGUCCAACGCCCAGAAGAUCCAGAAGUGGGCGAUACUGGAGCGAGACUUCUCCAUCAGCGGAGGAGAACUGGGACCUACCAUGAAACUGAGGAGGCCCAUUGUUGUGAAGAUGUACCAGGAGAAAAUAAAUGAAGUGUAUGCUGUGGCCACGGAGAGACAGUAGAGCACAGCAUUGAGAUGAGAUAAUACCCGGGUCAUGUGGAGGAAUGUGUGAAUCUCUUUCACCUGAAUGGGAAAAGUGAAAAAGAGGUUUCAAUGAUGUUGUAUUUAAUAUCGUUAUGUUGUCCGUUUCGAGACGAAAUUUAAGCUGUUUAAUGCACAUACGGUUUCAAAGCAGCUGUGCACUUUUUGUAAAUAAAAUGUUCUAAUCAGAGCCACAUCUUGCCAUUUACCGUCGGCUUACAGGUAUGUCGUCACACUGGGAAACGCUGCAUGCUGUAAGACAUCAUUUUCACAGUUUUUGAAGGGAACUUUGUGAAUCCACUCUGUUGUAUUGAUCCUGAGCACACCAGAAUGUAUUUAGUUUUUGAACCAGAAAUAUAUAUAUUUUUUAAAGCAUUCAUCGACAGUUUUCUGUCUAAUGCUUUGAGAUAAUCCCCAUUUAGCAAAACUGCAGACAUCAACUCUAAAGACUGGAUGGAGCUGAUGUUUCAAUAAAUAUAACUAUGAGAUAAGAAUAGAAUCCAAUCACGUGCAAAUUGUAAAGCAUGCAUUUUAAUUUAUUCUUCUCCAUGUACAGUUUGACAAAUUGAGAAAUGUACUUUUUUUUUAAUGGAUGUCCCACAAUUGCCAAUAAAAAGUGAAUGAUUGAACAAACUUC